AAUAAAGUCCAGUGUUGUCUGCCUCGCACGUCCAAACUAUCGGCCGGACCUGUUCGUGUCUCUGGGUGUUUUGGACCUUCGUGUUGCGGUUCUGGUGGAGCAGAGAGACGACGCCCGACUGCUUCAUGAGCCAGGAGGCGCCGCCAUUACCAGCCGACGCUAGCUAGCUGUUAGCAUCAUCGAAGGCCUGAAGCUGCACUCAGACUCUGGUGUGAUGCAUUCACUGGCACAGGAAAUCCAAGGCUUCUCCAAAAACCACCUGAAGAAACAAAGCACUCGUGUGACCACAGUGACAGGCAGGAAGCUGCUGGAGACGAGGAGUGAUGAAGGACACGUGGAGCAGGUCCAGGAGCUGGAGGAGGAACCUGGAUGUGGAUUUGUUGAAGAUAAAAGUCUGGAUCUUCAAGUCGGUGCUGUCAGACCCUUCCUGCUGCUGGCUUCUCAGGAUGCAGCCCACGACAUCGACACUCUCCAGAGAUGCAAGGUGUCUCAUGUGCUGAAUGUGGCCUAUGGAGUCAGCAACCUGUUUCCAGAUCAGCUGGUCUACAAAACGCUUCAGAUCCUCGACCUCCCCGACACAGAGAUCACAUCAUAUUUAGAGGAAUGCAGCUCCUUCAUAGAUCAGGCCAGAGAAAAGGACGGUGUGGUGUUGGUCCACUGUAACGCUGGUGUGUCACGCUCAUCCUCCGUUGUGAUUGGAUACCUGAUGUUGAGGGAGGGGCUUACAUUUGAUGAUGCGUACAGUCAGGUGAAGCAGGCAAGACCAUCGAUUCGACCAAACCCCGGCUUCUAUGAGCAGUUACAGCAUUACAAACCUUAGAAAGACUGAAGAUUUCAUUUAAAAUGAAAAGAAAACCCUGAAGGACUUCAAGAGACCCAGACCUUGAGAAGAUUCUGGUUUGUUUUGUGAUAAAAUAAAAAUAUUAAAUAUCUUGCAA